GCCCUUUGGCACCGUGAACAGGUGUUCAUCUGAAAUCACAAAACUUGGCCACCACACCGUUCUUGCGCUCAGUCUUGGUGAUAGCCGGGGUGCAGUCAGGACGCACGGUAACGGACCGAAUAGGGACCACUGCGAUAAACACAUGCAUUCUGUAGGACGGAACUGACAUAAUGGGGAAAUAUAAGAUAUCAUUUAAACAGAUGUGCUGUGUCCUCUCCAUCGUCUGUGGUUCGGGUUUCUGCUCGGGGUAUGUUUAUGACCGUCCCGAAAGGUCUGUAGAGGAGGCUGCUUCAUCAAGGACAGACACUCCCUCAGACUCCCCGUGGAUCAGCACGUCAGGAUCCUGCAAGAACAGAUGCUUUGAAUUGGACGAGGCUGAGCCUCCCAACUGCCGCUGUGACAACUUAUGUAAAACCUAUAACAGCUGCUGCCAGGAUUUUGAUGAGCACUGCUUGAGAACAGAGGGAGGUUUUGAGUGCAGUAAGGAGCGCUGUGGAGAGAGCAGGAAUGACCAGAAUGCCUGUCACUGUUCUGAGGACUGUCUGGCCAAAGGAGACUGCUGCACCAACUACAGAACUCUCUGUAAAGGGGACACUACUUGGUUGCAGGAUGACUGUGAAGACAUUAGAACCCAUGAAUGUCCGGCUGGGUUUGUCCGUCCCCCUCUCAUCAUGGUGUCAGUGGAUGGGUUCAGAGCCUCCUACAUGAAGAGAGGAAGCACAGUGAUCCCCAACAUCGAGAAACUCAGAGCCUGUGGUACCCAUGCUCCUUACAUGAGACCCGUGUACCCCACCAAAACGUUCCCCAAUCUCUAUACUCUUGCAACGGGCCUGUACCCUGAGUCCCAUGGCAUCGUUGGCAACUCCAUGCAUGACCCUGUGUUCGAUGCCAACUUUAACCUGCGGGGUCGAGAGAAGCUGAAUCAUCGUUGGUGGGGAGGUCAGCCGAUCUGGAUUACAGCAGUGAAGCAGGGGGUGAAAGCUGGAACUUUCUUCUGGCCUGUUUCCAUCCCGUUGGAGAGGAGAGUCCUGACCAUGCUACAAUGGCUUCACCUGCCAGACGGAGAGAGGCCGUAUGUUUACGCCAUGCACUCCGAGCAGCCAGAUACGUUUGGCCACAAGAUGGGGCCCAUGAGCACUGAGCUGAACAACCCUCUGAAGGAGAUUGAUAAGAUCAUUGGUCAGCUGAUGGACGGCCUGAAACAGAUGAAACUCCACCGAUGUGUCAACAUCAUCAUGGUGGGAGAUCACGGUAUGGAGGAGGCUCACUGUGACAGGACAGAGUUCCUCAGCUCAUACAUGCCGUCCACUGUUGAUGACAUCAUCCUGAUCCCCGGCUCCCUGGGCAGGAUCCGUUCCAGGUACCCCAACAACCCCAAAUAUGAUGCCAAAUCUGUUGUUGCAAAUCUUACAUGUAAAAAGACAGACCAGCACUUCAAGCCCUAUCUGAAGCAGCAUCUCCCCAAGCGCCUUCACUACGCCAACAACAGGAGAAUAGAGGACAUCCAUCUGUUAGUGGAGAGAAAGUGGCAUAUCGCAAGGAAGUCUCCAGAAGGAGGAAAGAGGCACCCUGGGAAAUGUGGUUUUGCAGGAGAUCACGGUUAUGACAACAAGAUAAACAGCAUGCAGACUAUUUUCUUUGGAUAUGGACCUAUGUUUAAAUUCAAGACCAAAGUGCCCGUUUUUGAAAACAUUGAACUUUACAAUGUCAUGUGUGAUCUGCUUGGCCUGAAGCCUGCCUCUAACAACGGGACUCAUGGCAGUCUGAACCACCUGUUGAAGAGCCCGGUUCACAAGCCCACCGUGCCAGAGGAGGUGUCUAAACCCACCAUCUCAGGUCCCAUCAUUACUCUGACUGAUGACUUAGGCUGCAGCUGUGAUGACAAGUUGCGUUCAAAAAAUAGGGGGCAGAGAGCUUUGAAAGUCCCCGUUGUAAGAGGCUAUAACCUGGAGUCACUGUGGCUCUGUCUCUUACAGAACAAAGUGGAAGAGCUUAAUCAGAGACUGAGGCAAGCUGUUGAUGACAGCAAGAACCUCCCCCAUGGUCGACCUGCAGUUCUGUUCCGUACUAAAUACAGCAUUCUACACCACAGUGACUAUAUCAGUGGGUACAGUGAAUCACUCUCUAUGCCCCUAUGGACGUCCUAUACCGUCUCCAAACAGGUAGAAGUGACACCUCUACCAGAGCAUCUGACUAACUGUGUCAGACCUGACAUCCGUAUCCCUCCGGCCUUCAGCCAAUCCUGCUCCAACUACAAGGCUGACAAACAGAUCUCCUUCGCCUUCCUCUACCCUCCACAGCUGGCUCCGACCCAAGACGGCAAAUUUGAUGCAGUCCUCAUCACUAACACCGUACCCAUGUACCCAGCAUUCAAAAGGAUAUGGAGCUACUUCCAGAAGACUCUUGUGAAGAAGUAUGCCAUGGAGAGAAAUGGGCUCAACUUGAUCUGUGGGCCCAUAUUUGACUACGACUACGAUGGCCUGAGAGACUCGGCAGAGAAAAUUAAACAGUAUGGAAGUGGUUCGGGACCCAUCCCAACCCACUACUACUGUGUGAUAACCAGUUGUCUGGACUUCUCCCAGGCUGAGGACAUCUGCACCGGACCUCUUAGCAGCUCUGCCUUCAUCCUACCACACCGCUCAGACAACGACGAGAGCUGCAAUAGCUCUGAGGAGGAGUCUAAGUGGGUGGAGGAACUGAUGAAGCUGCACACGGCCCGGGUCCGAGACGUUGAGAUCCUCACGGGCCUGGACUUCUACCGUCGGACUAGCCGGAGUUACCCUGAAAUCCUCUCACUGAAGACUCACAUGCACACGUAUGAGAGCGAGAUCUAACCACUGUCUACCUACCCUCUCCUGUCGACCUACCCUCUCCUGUCGACCUACCCUCUCCUGUCGACCUACCCUCUCCUGUCGACCUACCCUCUCCUGUCUACCUACCCUCUCCUGUCUAUACCUACCCUCUCCUGUCUAUACCUACCCUCUCCUGUCUAUACCUACCCUCUCCUGUCGACCUACCCUCUCCUGUCUACCUACCCUCUCCUGUCUAUACCUACCCUCUCCUGUCUAUACCUACCCUCUCCUGUCUAUACCUACCCUCUCCUGUCUACCUACCCUCUCCUGUCUACCUACCCUCUCCUGUCUAUACCUACCCUCUCCUGUCUAUACCUACCCUCUCCUGUCUAUACCUACCCUCUCCUGUCUAUACCUACCCUCUCCUGUCUAUACCUACCCUCUCCUGUCUAUACCUACCCUCUCCUGUCCCUACCUACCCUCUCCUGUCCCUACCUACCCUCUCCUGUCUAUACCUACCCUCUCCUGUCUAUACCUACCCUCUCCUGUCUAUACCUACCCUCUCCUGUCGACCUACGCUCUCCUGUCUACUUACCCUCUCCUGUCCCUACCUACCCUCUCCUGUGUCCACCACAGCUCCGAUGGUCUGGUGUAUAUUUUUGAAUAUGUCGUGUUUUGUUUUUUCACAUGUAUUAUUCUAAAUGUUUAUUCAUGACUGUUCUGUUCCUCUGUAAUGCAACACAUUUCCUGUCCCUUUUUUUGUUUUUUUGGAUGAUUAACAAGCAUGAAUUGAAUUGCCUUAUUUGUUGAUAAUGUGAUGUGGUGUGUGUUGUACGUGGUGUUUCUGAUGACUGUCUUGCUGGUGAUGGCUGAGUGUACUGUGUUAAUAAUAAUAUAAUAAGCUCUGUCUGUCUGUACUGUGAACAAUAAUACUAGUGAACCUGUAGUGGUGACAUCCUUUUAAAUAUGUACCGGACACCUGUGUGAUCAACUUAUUUAUGCCUAAUGUUUCAAUGCAAUAAACCUUUUUGUACUA